UGCAGCUUGAGAAAGAAGAAGCGAGAAUCAUGAAGGAAGUUGCUGGUCACAAGGAGAUGGAGAUAGGGAGGACCUGUCCCCAAUCUCUCCUCCAUAGAUGAGGGCCCAGGAGAUGUGGGUCAUUUUACCCUGAGUCUCUCCUGACUCCUGAGCACUCCAAGGUCCCUGAACAGGGCCUCCAUUCUGGCCUGAUGGCUCUGCUGGUCUCACUUCCUGGAGGGAAUCAGGCCAUGACUUGGAUCCUGCUUCUGCUGAUGUCAGCUGCUUGUCUGCAAGCUGGUAACUUUGCAGGAUCCAACAGAGAAAAUGCCUUUGGGGUCAACCAAACAGCACGCCUCUCUGGUGUCCAGGGCGGCUCCAUCGAGAUCCCCUUCUCCUUCUACUUCCCCUGGGAGUUGGCAAAGGAUCCACAGAUGAGGAUUCUCUGGAGAUGGAAGCACUUCCAUGGGGAAUUUAUCUACAACUCCUCCUCGGGUUUCAUACAUGAGCAUUUCAAGAACCGGCUCAUCCUGAACUGGACACAGCCUCAGACAUCCGGAGUCCUCAGAAUCCUGGACUUGAAGGAGAAGGACCAGACAAAGUACUUCUGCCGAGUUCAUCUGAACACAAAACAAGGCUUGGAGAAUGUGCAGUCAAUUCAAGGCACCCAGCUGACCAUCACACCUGGUGAGCCACCCUGGCUCUGGCUUUAAUGCCUCUGGCUUCCU